GGAAAAGAGGGUGUCCGACAAAUGGAUGUGGAAAACUAAAGCCCGGAGGGGACCCGAGUAAAGUACUUUCGCUGUCGUGCACCCACGAGCUCGUCUAACCGCCUCCAGGACUGCUUGCUCCAGCCGCUGCUAGCUCUGGGCGGCGAGCGGAACGGUGGUGGUGUCGACGAGGGAGACUCUUCCCCUUGGUGCCCUCGGCUCCUCCCAGCAAGUCGCCACCUCUCUUCUCCUCAGUUAUGGCUGACUAGGAACACACGGCAGCGACCAUAGGAGGGCAGAGCUUCGGAGAUACACCGGGAGCCUGGAAGAAGAAGGUCAUCGGUCGUCUCGGAUAAGCCUGGAUAUGGGAGAAAACAGCAGCAUGAAACUCCAGUUGCUUGACGCUAUUACAAACAAUUUUGGAGAGGAGCAUAAAGUUGGCAGUGGCACGUAUGGGGAUGUUUACAAGGUGGUGCUUGAUAAUGGGGCCUAUAUUGCUCUGAAGAAGCUUCAUCAAUUACAAGGAUUUGAUGAUAACCAAUUUCAAAGUGAAUUCCGUAACCUUGUCAAGGUCUCUCACAAAAACAUUGUACGCAUAACUGGCUACUGCCUCGAUUGUCGGAGUAAAGGCCUGUUCGUCAAUCCACCGAUCCGAGAAAUACGAGAAUCUACGCAGCGUCUCUUUCUCCACUCCCUAUUUUCAACUGAAGCUCGGGCCGCUCCGGGAGCGGAGUCGUGCGGAGCGGCGAGACUCCGAACAGGCCUUAAAUACAUGGAGCACAAGGGGGAACUUGUUUUUGCUCAAAUAAUGGAGAGAGUUUUCCGCGUCGAGUAUAUGCAUGGCGGGAGCCUCGAUAAACAUAUUGCAGAUGAAUCUUGUGAACUUGAUUGGCCCAUAUGUUACAAAAUCAUUAAAGGGACGUGCGAAGGGUUAAAUCACCUUCACACCAAGCAGGAAAAGCCCAUUUUCCAUCUGGAUUUAAAGCCUUCUAACAUAUUGCUGGAUGAGAACAUGACGCCCAAAAUUUCAGAUCUUGGUUUGUCCAUACUUGUUUCUUCGACAAAAACACACAAAACAGAGAUACUCAAAGGCACACAAGGGUACAUGCCGCCAGAAUACAGAGAUGGUGGCUUGGUAUCCAACAAGUUUGACGUGUUCAGUUUGGGCAUCAUAAUUAUAAAAACAGUGGCUGGCAAUAUGGGCUACUUCCGCUAUUCUGAAAUGUCUCCCAAAGAUUUUAUUGAGUUUGUAAGUGAAAAUUGGAUGAAGAGGUGGCAGGCAAUGCCGGGUUACUAUUCAUCACACGAAAUAGACAUCCUAACAGUGAUUACAUGUAUUGAGACUGCUUUAAGAUGUGUGGAGACCGACCAAGAAAAGAGACCCUGCAUAGAGGAUAUUGUCCAUGAACUGGAUGAACUAGAUGCUGAGAUUAAGAGAAUAAGGUUACUAGCUCCUGAUCCUAUGCAGAUUCUCUUGAGUAAUCAAGGACCUGGCAUGGAUUUUCCAAAAAUUUCUAGGCUAUGUAUGGCCCAUAACUUGGCCCAAUAUAAGCGCAUCCUGGAUUUUAAAUUCAGUUUGAUUGAAGCAAUUACAAACGGGUUUUCAGAUGAUCAGAAAAUUGGGAGUGAUUGGUAUGGAGAUGUUUACAGGGCAUUGUAUAACGGGGAAGAGAUUGUUGUGAAGAAGCUUCAUUCCUUGGAGGGACUUGAUGACAAAGAAUUUGAGAAUGAAAUGCAUAUCCUUACCAAGGUCCAUCACAAAAAUGUUAGUCGGUUAAUUGGCUACUGCUACAAAACAUGCCUUAUAAAUGUUGAGCACAAUGAGGAACAUGCUUCCUCAGUGGCAACAGAGCGAGUCCUAUGCUUUGAAUAUACAAAAAGUGGAAGCCUUGAUAAACAUAUUGCAGACGAACCUUGCCGACUUGAUUGGUCCACACUUUACAAAAUUAUUAAAGGGACUUGUGAGGGCUUAAAUCACCUUCUCAGUGCACAGCAAAAACCUAUUCUCCAUCUAGACUUGACACCUGCUAACAUUUUUCUGGUUAAUGGCAAGACACCUAAAAUUAUAGGUUUUGGUUUGUGGAGACUUAUUGAUUCGGCAAAAAUGCAUCAAACAGAGAUCUUCAAAGAAACACACGGGUACAUGCCACCGGAAUAUGUCGACACUGGCUUUAUAUCAAACAAGUUUGACGUGUUCAGUUUGGGCGCCAUAAUUAUAAAGCUGAUGGCCGGAAAUAUGGGCUACUCUCGUUGUUUCGAAAUGUCUCACAAAGAGUUUAUUCAACAUGUUAGUGACAAUUGGACGAAAAGGUUGCAUGCAAUGCCAGGAUACUCACCAUACGAAAUAGGCAUCCUACGAGUGAGUACAUGUGUUGAGAUUGCAUUAAGAUGUGUGGACAACGACCGAGAGAAAAGGCCAUGUAUAGAAGACAUUGUUCAUAAACUGGGGGAACUAGAAGCUAGGAUUAAGACAAUAAUGUUACUACCUCAUGAUCAUAGGCGGGGUCUCUUGACUAACCUGGGCCCUGUCCCGUACUUUCGAAAACAUAUCAGGCUAUAUAUGUCCCACAACUUGGCCCAAGAUGGAGCAGUUACAGGGUAUAAAUCUAAUCGGCUUAGGCUUGAUUCUCAGUCAGGCUCCACUAGUACUACUCAUGGACGUAAGUCAGAAGACCCAAGUCUCCAGACCGGAUGCAUUCCACACCAUAUGUCAUUACAGCAUUUGAAAGACAUCACAAACAAUUUCUCUGAUGAUCGAAUAAUUGGUAGAGGUGGGUUUUCUGUGGUAUAUAAGGGAAUACAACCAAGUGAGGAAAUGGUUGCAGUGAAGAAGUUUGUGCAACCAACGAGCUCACAGGAGGAAUUCGAGAACGAGCUUAAACUCCUUAUGGAACUGAAGCACCCAAAUAUAGUGCAACUUGCAGGCUACUGCUAUGAAACGCGGAAACUACAUAUGUUUCAUGAAGGAGAAUACAUUUUUGCUGAGGACACUCAAACUUUGCUCUGUUUAGAAUGUCUGCCUAAUGGAAGUCUUGAGAACUAUAUUUCAGAUGCAUCUUCUAGACUUCAUUGGUGCACACGCUACAAAAUAAUUGAGGGGAUUUGUUGUGGUCUACAAUACCUUCAUGAGCAAUCUAAAGAUCCCAUUCUUCAUUUGGACCUAAAACCCGCGAACAUAUUGCUUGAUAAAAAUAUGUUACCAAAAAUUACAGACUUUGGUCUGUCAAGACUGUUUGAUCAAAGCCAAACUAUUCAUACUGCACGUACUUGUGGAACACUAGGUUACAUGGCACGAGAAUUUCUACAAGGUAUAAUCACACCUAUGUCAGACAUAUUCAGUUUGGGUGUAAUAAUUUUGGAGGUAAUAACGGGUCACAAGGGGUACCCAGAUGAUAUUAGAACAUCUUCCAAGAUCUUCAUCGAGCCCGAACUUCAAAAAUGGAGAAAUGUGCUGCAAAAUGAACCAGGGUAUAGAUCAAUCGAAAAGGAUUGCCAACAAAUAAAAAGAUGCAUUCAGAUAGGCCUAAUCUGCGUGAAUCAUGACCGGACCAAAAGGCCUACAAUGAAGAAAAUUAUCGAUAUGCUUCAAGGCUUGGAAAGUAUGAAUUGGCACAUUAGCAACGAGUUAUCAAGCCAUGACAUCCAGCCGGAGGUUUAGCUCAGCGAAGGAGGUCUUCACAUAUCCGCUGCUUCUACCGUCUUCCUGUUAUUCGUUCGACAGGGCUUUGGAUCUCCGUUCAUGCUACAUUGCAAUUGGCGCUUAUGUUUGACAGCCGGCUAUCCAAGCUAUCAAUUUGUUCUAGCUAGUGCAUAUCACAUAUCUGAAUUUUUUGCUGGUUCCUGGAGACAUAUGCAGUACUACCUACGGACAUGGUUGCGACAUAAGGGUGGAAGGCAUCAAAGUCUUUGGGAGCUGGUGUAACUCAAUUAUCAGCACCUGUUAAUUAGGCCGAGAGUCGGAAUAAGAAAUCAGUAGGCAAGGGGAACAAGAAAUCUGUUGCCGGAGCUGUACAUAAUAGCGGUUAAUCCAAUACCUUUGGACUUUGGUAUAUGCAUAGUCUGUAAGUAACAAACAUUUAUCUCGCUGCACCGGAUCAAAACCCCCAUCUGCUACGUCACCUAGAUGUUCUAGCCCAUCAGACCUGAACCUGGGUCGCCGUCGUGUGGGCGCCGGUGUUGUUGUGCGUGAUCAUGGCAGAUUUUAUUUUUGGACGGGCUGUCACUGCUCGCUACUCUUUUGAGAACGUCUGUAACAUUGAUCUUGUUGAAGCCUGGGCGGUAUGGCAUGCUGUACUUUCUGCGAAA